AAUCCGGUGUGCGUUUUUGUGUGUGUGCUCUAGACAUUACGGUAGUCGGUAGCUCCUGGAUUGUUUGCUGCUCUGGGGUUUGAGAAAACACGGAGUGCCUGCACACUAUCUUCUGUUCCCCCACCGCAGUAACGGCUACACUCUGAAGUAAACUCUGGAGACUGUUCCGCUUCCGACUGUAAAUCUUUGUGGACCCCACAAGACAUUUGGAAGAACGGAAUAGUGGCAAUAGCAGCAGCAGCAUCAUCCUCUUAAAUUGUGGUUUUAAGAGCAACACCACAUCUCAUAGUAUCUGAAUUCAGAGCUGAGCCCUGCCCUCAGUCAAACACCGACACAGGGAAGCAGAGAGGAGAGGCUGCAGCAAUAACACCUAUUCCCAUUUGCUCACCACUGCUUGAAGUAGAAAGUGUGUCCAUCAUGGCUUCUAAACCUCACGCUCCUCUGAUGAAGAAGCACAGUCAGACAGACUUAAUAAGCCGUCUGAAGAGCCGGAAGAUCCUUGGAGUCGGUGGGGAGGAUGAUGAUGGCGAAGUGCACCGCUCAAAGAUCAGUCAGAUGCUCGGAAAUGAGAUGAAGUUUGCAGUGCGAGAGCCUAUCGGGCUUAGGUUGUGGAUACUCACCUCAGCUGUGGGUUUCACAGUUAUGGCCCUGAUGGCCCUGAUGUUUCCCAACCAACUCUAUGAGGUUAUUUUUGAGGAGGAGCUUUCCACAACCAGCAUCUCCAUUCGCCUUUAUGGAGGAGCACUGCUAAGCCUGGCCCUCAUCAUGUGGAAUGGUCUCUACACAGCAGAGAAGAUCGUCAUCCAGUGGACUCUGCUCAGUGAAGCUUGCUACUUUGCUGUUCAGUUUCUAGUGACAUCCAUCACCUUAAUGGAGAUUGGCAUCCUGCCCAAUGCUGCCAUACUCCUGCUUCUCAGUCGAGUGCUCUUCCUGGCGGUCACCAUGGCUUACUACUACCACCUGGGCCGCAAGCCAAAGAAGAUCUGAGCCGCCUGCACAAUACUUCCAGGGAGGGGACAGCUGAACACAGGUCACAAAUGUGGGGUCAGAAGGUUUGGAUUGUUAUUUGAUUGGGGCUUGGAGCACUACUUUGCCAGUUCUCUGCCCCUUCCAAUGGGACCUAGCCUAUUGUAACCCCCAAUAUUUAACAGAUGAGCACAGUCUCACAUUCCAGACUCUACAACAAGAACUAGAAACUUCAUAGUGAAAGUGAAUUACUCCUUCACUGGGCUAUGAGGUCAAGCCCCUCUUGACACACAUUCCUCCUUUUGUGCAGUUCUGAGUGCUGUUAUUAUAAAGAUGGAGCUAGCAGUUUGUGGUGAAUUACACUCUUGUGUUGCCUAGUUCUAUGGUUUAAUAUGUACAGUACAGAAUAAUUUCAAUCACCUGACUAUGUUGUUCAUGUACACUUACAUGAUUUCCAGAUUCAGAAUUUAGUGUUAUCUGUUUGAUAAAAACAUUACAUCUUGAUACUUCCUCUUAAUCACACUGAAAGACCAAGAGUUUGUGCUAAAAUUUGUUUCCGGUUUGAUGCUGUUGAUGUCAAUUCAUACUGUAUGUAUGUUAAAGUGAAGCCUGAAUAUCUGUGCUUUUGCAUGCUUAUGUGACAGCUAUCUAGUGAACAUACCAAAUGGAAAAAGUAUCAACUGUGCUUAGUGCAAAAUUCAGGCCAGAUAAGCUAAAUGCUAGAUGAGUGACAGUUAAUCUUUUCUUAUACAGUGUGGUCAGCACAUAGAGGAAACUCUUUAAGGUCAGUUUUUACUCUCAAUAAUGCCCAUCAGUCAUUUUCAGAUUCAGACUACCCAAAAAGAAAUGCUGUAUUGAAAAAAAAAAAUCAGGGACAAAGUGGAUUUUAUAUUCCUUUAAGUAUAUCAGUCAGUUCUACCAAAGUGAAUAGGAAUGGUUUUGUACAGAAUAUUUACACUACUGAGAUGAAUACAUAUAAUGCUGAUAAAUGCACAUGUGCACUCAUUUGUAGAAUAGAGGAAGUGCAGUUCUCUAUAUGUACGAAGCUGUGUGUACACUGUUUGGCGGGACCUUAGUCAUCUUACAGAAAGUCUUAAACAUUUCUGACCUUACUGUAAAGCUAGUUUCACAAGCCGAGCAUGUCAGUGUGUAGGGCAAACAAACCUGCUCUGGUUCCUCUUUAGUGAUGUAGCACAGCUUUUUUUUUUUUUACAUACACCAUAUCCUCAGUCUUGCCUUAAAACUACUUAAAAGAACAGUCACCAACACUGCAUCCUACUUUUUGUAUAUAUGUAAAUAAAAGUAUUUACCAUCA